AGUCGACGUCGUAAAACAUCCAGGCAUCCUCUGCGCUGCUUAUCCGAUUACUCUAUCCGAAGUGGGGCUAUGCUUUUCAUUUUCUUGACGUAGACUGCUUGUGCAGGGACGCUCCAUGCUCCUACCAUACAUCUGAGCGAUAUUGACUUGCAAUUGAACCAAUAUAGACCUUUUGCUUCCGCAUAUAUACCACUUUGAUCCGGCAGAUCCAGCCUACCGAUAGAGUUAAGGAGACGUUAACCAUCCGCGUAUCAUCAUGCCCACCACGAUCAAGCAGUGGGUGACCGCCCAGGAUGGACUGGACAAUCUACGAAUGACUGAGGCAGAUAUGCCCGUUCCAGGAGACAAGGAGGUUCUGGUAGAGAUCCAUGCUGUUUCGCUCAAUUAUCGGGAUACUGAAGUCUCAAUGGGCCUAUACAACCACCACCGCGACAUCAAGGACAAACCCACCGUCGUCCCCUGCUCCGACAUGUGCGGCAUCAUCACCGCCAUCGGACCGGGCGUCUCAGCCUGGAAAGUCGGGGACCGGGUCCUUUCCACCUUCAACCAGACCCAUCUAUCCGGCCAGAUCACCUCCAAGCACAUGCCGUACGGUCUGGGAUUCCCGUUGCCUGGCGUGUUGACUACGCAUCGUGUCUUUCCGGAAUACGGCCUCGUGAAAGCGCCCGAGUAUCUGACUGACGAGGAGGCGAGUACGUUGCCGAUUGCGGCUGUUACGGCGUGGAUGUCGAUCAAUGGCAUGAGGCCUAUGGGGAAGAGUGGUGGAGAGGGAGAGAUUGUGCUGUUGCAGGGUACGGGAGGGGUGGCGAUUGCUGGAUUGCAGAUUGCAAAGGCGAGUGGUGCGAAAGUAAUAAUCCUCUCCUCCUCCGACUCCAAGCUCUCACAAGCCAAAUCCCUCGGCGCCGACUACACAAUCAACUACCGUACCCAACCCGACUGGGAGAACGAAGUCAUGAACCUCACCUCCGACAAUGGCGCCGACAUCAUCCUCGAGACCGGCGGGGCGGGCACGCUCCGUAAAUCCUUCGACUGUAUCGCAUGGGGCGGUCUCAUUAACUCUAUCGGCUACUUAUCCGGCAAGCAAGACGAGCCAGGAGAUAGGACGAAUGUCAACCUCCUCGCGCUUCGAAGGACCGUCACGCUGAAGGGGAUUAUUAAUGGGCCGAAAGAUCGGUUCGAGGAAAUGUUGUCGUUUUAUGAGAAGCAUCAGAUUCGACCCGUUGUGAAUCGGGUGUUUGGAUUUGAGGAGGGGAAGGAGGCGUUGAAGUUUUUGUAUAGUGGUGGGCAUUUUGGGAAGGUUGUUGUUAGGGUUAAGUGAAUUUGAAGGUGGUGGGGGAGACUUUUGUAUAUAGGUUAUGAGGCCAGGGUGUGGGGGGUAUAUACUCUCGUCAU